CAAAAGUCAAAAGCCAUAGAUUGAGGAAAUUUUGUAGUUAGAAAAACUCUCAUAGCAAAGCAAAGCUCCUCCACAAUUUUCUUUUUCUCCACACAAAAACAAUUUCUCUUCACAAAUAUCAAUUAAUUAACAUCCAAUUUUCCCCUUGCUACACAAAAUUCGUCCCCACUUUCUCAAUUUCUAAGCUUUCUUCUUUUUUGCAUCUUUGUCCCAACUUGAUCCUUUGUCCUGGUUUAUAGUUUCUCUUACCUGAAUCAUGUUUUGAAAUCUGUGAACUGUGUGUGAUUUUCAUUGUCUUUCUCUUUUUUCAAAGAAAUUCUUUUGGGGGUUCAGUUACCAGUGAUUAAUUGGCACGGUAGGUGUUUGUGUGAGGGUCAAUUGGUUGAGUUCACCAUUUCCUGUGGCAAUUCUAUUUAUACAAGUUUGAAUUUGGAGGUUGUGCUUUGUUUUGGUGGGUUAUAUAUGAUUAUCAGCUCUCUUACUCCCAAUUGUUGGGGCUUGCUGUUGUUGCUCUGCCUUUCUUGAUAAUGGAGAGGGGAAUGAGAAGUUAAGAGGAGAAAAUUAUUCAUUCAUGCCUUCUUCUUCUUCAUAAUUUCCAGAUGCAGGGUUUCAAGCUUUUAAGGUUUAAAUUCUUGUUCCUUUGAGGACUAUAAAGCUUGCUUUUAUUUUUUUUCUUGUCUAUAAGUUGAGCUUUUGCAAGGUUCUUUGUUUUAACCCAUACCUUUUGUGUAAACUAUACAAAGAUUUUAGUUUGGAGACGAAGUAGUCAUGUUCAGUUGUAGAGACUGCAAUAAGGUUUUAAAGUCUGCAAUCGCAAUUUAUGCCUUAAUCUCAAGGUUUUUAGAGUUUGUGACUGUGUUGUGAUUGCAAAUUGCGGCUGCGUUUGUCUGCAUCACAGUGACAAAUUAAAACCACUGCAUUCUUGUUUGGAUUUCUCUGUGCUCUUGCAUGUUUUUCUGCUAUGGAGGAACAUAAACCUGUUAUCUCCACUUGUGAACAAGAUCAACACGUGGUUGCUGCUGCUCAACACAUUUUAAAGGCACUAGCAGCAAGUAAGAAUGUGUCCAGUGACUUGAGAAAAACCCUCUUGGAUGUUGAGACCCAAUUGUCCCAAUUGUCCGCAAUUUCCAUAGUCAAUGAGAGGAAAGGAAGGGGUAUCAAGCAAUUAGAGAACCGACUCAAGUGUGUUGAAGACAAGGUAACGAUGUGGGUAGCAAACCCUUCCAUGACAUGGGACUCUAGUCCAAAUGAGUGUUCUGAUUAUUUGAAACUUGUUGGUGAAAUCCAAACACUGAUUCAGAGUUUGGAAAGCUUUUCUGUGGUGAAUGAUAACUGGAGGCAGAAGGAACUUCUUGAGAGAGCUUAUGCAGUUUUGCAGGAUGCUAUGUCCAGGCUUGAGAGAGAAUUAGACCACAUUCUUGUUGAACAUAAGCAGUUUUUUGAGCCUGAAUGCAUGUCUUUCAAUUCUAAAAUGGAUAUGGCAUAUGAUGAAUCAUUUCGUGCAGUGGAGGAUGAACAAGUUAACGAGGUUCGCAGGAGUACCGGUUCUGGCCAAUCCGAGACCAACAUUGUUGAUCUGAUGAAUCCAGCAGUACUUGAGUAUCUCAAGAGCAUUGCAAAUGUCAUGUUUCACUCAAAAUACCAUCAAGAGUUCUCUCAGGUUUUCAUUUCAUCCAGAAGAGAUGCCUUGGCUGAUUAUUUUGUGAUUCUUAAGAUGGAAAAAUUAAGCAUUGAGGAUGUGCUGAAACUGGAGUGGCAGUGCCUGAACCAUGAGAUAAAGAAAUGGAUACGAGCCAUGAAGAUCAUUGUUCAGGUGUAUCUUGUGAGUGAGAAAAGAUUGUGCAAACACAUCCUUGGGGACUUUGGAUCCUUUUAUCAGUGUUGCUUUUCCGAAAUUUCUCAGAGUUUUAUGCUGCUUCUUUUGAAUUUCGGAGAGGCCGUGGCAAUGGGAACACACACCCCAGAAAGAAUGUUUCGUUUGCUUGACAUGCAUGAGGUUUUGGAGCAUGUUUCGGUGGAUGUAGAUAUAUUGUUCUUUGAAGAAGUUGGUGCUUUUGUGAGAGGAGAGUUUCACAAGCUUCAAACAAGCAUUGGUGACACUAUCAAGUCUACAUUUCUGGCAUUCAGAAAUGCUAUUGCAACUAACCAUUCAAAGAUUCCUUUUCCUCAAGGGGGUGUUCACCAUGUUACCAAAUAUGUCAUGAAUUACAUCAUGACACUGGUUGAAUAUGGUGACACCCUCAAUCACCUUCUCGUUGAAGAGUGUUCAACUGAUCCUGCAGGAUAUAAACCAGAAGCCUCAGGUCUCUCACUGAGUCCAAUGGCAUUCUACUUUCGAUCAAUCGCCACAGCUCUAGAAUCCAACUUGAGCAACAAGUCCAAACUAUACAAAGAUUUGGCUUUGCAACAUAUUUUCAUGAUGAACAACAUCCGUUACAUGGUGCAAAAGGUGAAGUGCUCUGAUCUAAGCCACUUUUUUGGAGAUUUCUGGCUUCGGCAGCACACUGCUGAGUAUCAGCGCGAUGCAAGGUGCUAUGAGAGGGUGACUUGGGGUCCAAUACUUUGUAUGCUUAAGGAUGAGAAUUUGCCAAAUUGUGUUUCACACAGAACUUUGGAGAAAAGCUGCAAAAAGUUUUGCAAUGCCUUUCGUGAAGUGUACAGGACCCAGACAGGGUGGUGCGUCCAAGACUGUGAACUUCGUGAGGAUCUACAAAUUUCUGUGUCUCAGAAAGUGGUUCUUGCAUACGGAUCAUACACUGGAAGAAACUCAUCAAACAUUGCAGAUAAGUAUAUCAAGUACACUGUUGAGGAUCUACAGAGUUAUAUUUUGGACCUUUUUCAAGGGUCACCAAAAUCUUUGCAGCAAAGAAAUUGAAGGGUUUUUCUUGUCUUGGGUUUCAUUUUUCAUAGAGACCAUUGUAUAUUUUACUUGUCAUGUGAAAAAAAAAAAUGACAUCAUGGUCGUAGUUUAGCUAAGGAAGGCCAUUGUGCUUGUUCUUCGUUCAUAUCAAAUAAAUGAAAAUGGUGACUUUUUCUUCACGA